AUGGCUCUGCUGAAGGUUCUGCUGCUGCUGGGGCUGGGUGCUUCAGUGAACUCAGAUGUUUCUCUGCAGAAGAGAAUCAUUGGAGGUCAAAACUGUCAUGACACGGAGCGUCUUUAUCAUGUUCGACUGGAGAGCAGCAAGGGUGAUAAUAAUUACCGCUGUGGAGGAUCUCUGAUCCACCCUGAGUGGAUCCUGACUGCAUCUCACUGCUGGCAGUUUGGGCCAGGAUGGCAUAACAUAGUAAUGUUAAAAGUUCAUCCACGGACUGCUGGGCAGCAGAAUCAGGUAAUCCGAGACAAUCCUGUGAUUUAUACUGACAAUGGCCGGCAGCAGGGCAUCAUAUUGCUGAAGCUUCAGACACCAGUAACAGAUGUCCCACUUGCUCGGCUACCAGACUGCAGGCGUCGUCUUAAAGCAGGCGAUGUUGUUCAGCUGGCAGGAGAGGCAGCAACGACAACCGGCCACAAUAAUGAGCGAUUAAGAAAUCCUGCUAUUCCAACACAUCUUCAGUGUGUCGACAUGGAAGUUGUUCGGGUUUCCCAAGUCCAUCAGGCACAUGGCCAUGUAUUCUAUGCUGAAGCACCAAACAAGGAUGUAUGCUAUGGAGAUUCUGGUGGAGCAGUGGUGUACAACGACAUGAUUUAUGGUGUGAUCUCUUUUGGUGGACCAGACUACGCAUGUCAGAAACCAGCUAUCAACAUGGAUGUGUGUGAAUACCUGUGGUGGAUAAAACAAACAAUUGGGCUUAAAUAAAACAUGAACUAUCAUGUAAUAAAAAUCUCAUCAAAUUUCAUCUCACAUAUAAUUUUAUAAUUGUAUCUUCAUCAGUUUGAUCCACAUGUUUGUAGAAUUAGAAUAAAUCAAUAGGUUUUUUUUCUCACCUAAUCUUGACCUCCCUAAUGGAGCUUUCUCUGCACCUCAGAAAUGAAAAUUAAAUCAAUAAAUGCAUGAAAAAGAAA